UGUGACAGAGUGUACCAGUAAAUUACACUUCUAUACUGUUUUGGACAUGGGCAACAGAGCAAACUCAAUUCAGACUUAUAAAUAAAAGCUAGCACUUGCUGCACUUCACCCCAAAAAUACAAGCUCCCUAGCUUCUUGAAAGCAAUGGCUGCAAUCAAUCUCCUUCCUCCAAUCCUUUUCAUCUCUUUAUGUUUUAGUUUCCUCCUUUUUUCGAGUUUUUAUCCACACCAAAUUUUCGGCAAUGCAGAAAAGACAGGAGAUGAAAAUAAUAGUAUUAGAGGAAUGUUUGUGUUUGGGAGCUCUUUGGUUGACAAUGGCAACAACAACUUUCUGCAGAACUUGGCUAAAGCUGAUUACUUGCCUUAUGGCAUAGAUUUUCCACUUGGUCCUUCUGGCAGGUUUACUAAUGGAAAAAAUAUCAUCGAUCUUCUCGGAGACCAGCUUAAAUUUCCAGCAUUCAUUCCGGCCUUCACUGAUCCGUCUACCAAGGGAAAUCGGACACUUCUUGGUGUCAACUUUGCAUCCGGUGGCUCUGGAAUCCUCGACGAUACUGGCUCCAUAGCGGGAGAAGUGAUGAGUUUGAAUGAGCAGAUCAAGAAAUUCGAGGAAGUCACAUUGCCGGAGAUGGAGAAUCAGCUGGAGAGCAGCAGCAGAGAGUCAUUAUCCAAGUACUUGUUUGUAAUUGGAAGCGGAGGAAACGACUACACUUUGAAUUAUUUUUUCACUAAAUCACAAGCUAAUAUCAGUGUUCAAGCAUUCAGCGCGAAUCUCACUAGUACUCUCUUUACUCAACUCAAGAAGCUGUACAAUUUGGGGGCACGGAAGUUUGUACUCAUGUCUUUAUACCCGCUAGGCUGCAGCCCCGGAACCAUUUCUGCGUCCGCACAGCCACAGAGGAAGGGCUGCAACCAGUACCUUAAUGAAGCUGCUCAUAUUUUCAAUACCAACUUAAGAUCCUUGGUAAAUGACAGUAGGACAGAAAUGCCUGGUUCCGACCUUGUUAUUGUCAAUGCAUACAAAAUCGUUCGAGAUAUAAUUAAAAACCCUGCUUUAAAAGGUUUUACUGACGCGACACAACCUUGCUGCCACGUGCCAUCGUUGGAAGAAGGGGGCAACGGAAUUUCAUGCAAGAGAGGAGGAUCAACAUGUGAAGAUAGGAGCAAGCAUGUGUAUUUCGAUGGUUUGCAUCCAACAGAAGCUGUGAAUGUUGUGCUAGCUACAAAGGCUUUUGCUUCCAAUUCCACAACUGAAGUUUAUCCUUUCAACAUCAGGGAGCUAGCUCAAAUUCAGGGUCAUUACCUCUGAUUUGUUUCACUAAUCUAGAUCAGUUCCUAAUCAAUUUUAUGCCAAGUCAUGUAAAAUUAUCUUAUCAAUAAUGUUACAGUCUUGCAUGAAAAUUUUAACAUAUUUUGUUCCA